GCGUCACUGUGCGUAAUAUUUUCACAAUUUGUGUUCCCGUCCUUCGCCAGUGUCUUUUUGGGCCGGUGAAGAGAGAAGAUUUGACAGUAGAAGAAAAAGAUACAGAAAGCGCUUUCCUUCACCUCUUAAAUCUCUGGUCUUUUAGGUGGAAACCAGAGAUGGAUAAUGUUUUGGGGCCAGAUUUGAUCAGUGAUCUGCCUCAAAGCAUUAUAGAGAUCAUCCUGACAAAGCUUCCGAUAAGGGAUGCUGUAAGGACUAGCAUCUUGUCAAGCAAAUGGAGGUAUAGAUGGGCUACCCUAACACAUCUUGUUUUUGAUGACAAAUGUGUGACACUCUCUCAUGAUAAAGCACUUGUUGAGAACAACGUCGCCAAAUUUAUAACUCGAUUACUUUUUCUUCAUAAUGGACCGAUUCACAAGUUCAUGUUAUCUACUUCUUACUUGCAAAGCUCACCUGAUAUGGAUCAAUGGCUACUUUUUCUUUCAAGGAAAGAUAUUAAAGAAUUAGUUCUAGAAUUAGGAGAGGGUGAGUGGUUUAGGGCACCCUCUUGUCUUUUUGCUUGUCGAAAAUUGACUCGUUUGGAGCUAGUUCGUUGUGAACUGGACCUUCCUCCAACUUUUAAGGGAUUCAUGUGUUUGAAGUACCUCAAUCUUCAACAAGUUUUAAUUGCCCCUGACGCCAUUGAAUGUCUUAUUUCUAGUUGCCCUCUUCUUGAGAGUUUAACAUUAUCUUAUUUUGAUAGUUUAGCUCUUACCAUCCAUGCGCCAAAUCUCAAAUACUUAUGUCUGGAAGGUGAAUUUAAAGAUAUAUGUCUUGAGAAUACCCCGCAUUUGGUUGCUAUAUCUAUUGCUAUGUAUAUGACUGAUGAUAUUGCGGAACAUUUUGAACAAAGCUCAAGUUGCAAUUUUGACAAGUUUCUUGGUGGCGUAUCAUGUCUUGAGAGGCUCAUUGGGCAUAUAUAUUUCACAAAGUAUUUGAGUAUAGGUAACAGUGACCUAGGAAAACUUCCAAUUACAUAUCACCGUCUAAAGCUUAUUGAAUUAUAUCAAGUAAGUUUUGAAGACAUGAAAGAGAUACUGGUCGUUCUUCGCCUGAUUGUGAAUUCCCCAAAUUUGCAAGAACUUCAUAUUUCGGGCUCUUCAAACUCAAUAGUUGCCGCAGAAGCUCCUGAUUUGGAUUUUUGGGAGAGCGAAAGCCUGUCUGACUCUGGCUUCACAUUUGGGAAACUUAAAAUUGCAAAGAUUACAGAUAUGUCUGGUGUGCCGCAUGAGAUGGAAUUUAUCAAAUUUAUACUUGGCAAAUCACCAGUGCUCGAAAUAAUGAGCGUUGCUCCCGGUGUAUAUGUUACAGAUGGAAGAUUAAAUAUGUUGAUAGAAUUGGUGAGGUUUCGAAGGGCAUCUGCAAAAGCUGAAAUCAUAUUCAUUCAAGAUUAAAGAUAAAGUGCAGUUCUUGUGUAAAAUCUCUUUCCUAUCUCAUUUUUUCCUUUUUCUUUUUAUUUUUCUUUUUCUUUUGGCUGAGUGUGAAGGUUCCCCAUUGCAUUUGUUUCUGCCUGGGCAUUGUAAAAGUUAUAGUGAUAUUACGAGUGAUAUUAGUAAUAAUAUGAUUUACAAAUUCAUACUCCAUCA